AUGGCCGACAAGGAAACCACCGUCUACAUCGUGGACCUGGGCGAGUCAAUGGCCGACUGCCAUAACGGCCGCGACGAGUCGGAUCUCGACUACGCUAUGCGCUAUGUCUGGGACAAGAUCUCCACCACGGUUGCCGCUAGCCGCAAGACAUGGACAGUAGGAGUGGUGGGCCUGAAUACCGAAGAGACCGACAACGCCCAGGACCGCCAGGGGCUUGAGGGCUACGAGAAUAUCUCGGUGCUGCAGGACAUCGGCCCCAUGACCAUGAGCUCGCUGAGGGACCUGCGGUCAUUGAUACAACCCUCGCACAGCUACGGCGGCGACGCCAUCUCGGCCAUUGUGGUUGCCCUCUCCAUGAUCGAAGGUUUCACCAAAAAGCUCAAGUACAAGCGGCGCAUCAUCCUGGUCACGAACGGCGAAUCCCCAAUUGACGAUGAGUCGUCAGAGGACGUGGCAAACCGGCUUAACGACUCCAACAUUGAGCUGGUAGUAAUCGGCGUCGAUUUUGAUGAUCCAGACUAUGGCUUCAAGGAGGAAGACAAGUCCAAAGCCAAGGCGGAAAACGAGAGGAUCCUCCGCAAUUUGGUAGAGCAGUGCAGUAAUGGCGUGUUCGGAACCAUGGCGCAGGCGGUUGAGGAGCUCGCCAUUCCUCGAAUCAAGCCCGUGAGGCCGUUCAAGGCGUAUGAUGGAGCCCUUACCCUCGGAGACCCAAGCAAAUAUCCCAGCGCGCUCAGCAUCCACGUCGAGCGCUACUUCAAGACGAAGCGUGCCAUGCCACCGCCAGCAAGCACCGUGGUUGUCAACACGGAGCCUGGCGCGCCUUCCCAGUCGCAAACCAUCAACGAUGAGGAUACCGAGAUGGGCGGGACAGGGUUUUCUGGCGUCAAGCAAAUGCGCACCUACCGGGUCAAUGACCCUGAUGCCCCCGGCGGCAGGCGAGAUGUUGAAUUCGAGGAUCUUGCGAAAGGAUACCAAUACGGCCGGACCGUGGUACCCUUCAGCGAGUCUGAUCUCUCAAUCACCAAGCUGGAGACGAAGAAGGGAUUUACAAUCCUUGGGUUUGUUCCCUUUAGCAGUUACCAACCAUUCAUCAACAUGGGUGAGACAGGCAUCAUUGUUGCUCAAAAGCUAAAUGAAGAGGCGGAGCUGGCGCUUUCGGCCCUCAUCCAUGCACUUCACGAGCUCGAGUCAUAUGCAGUGACGCGAUACGUACAGAAAGACGGCGCUCAACCACAAAUCCUCCUGCUCAAGCCGAACCCCGCCUUGGAGGACGAGUUUGAGUGUCUCUAUGACGUGCCCCUGCCGUUUGCAGAAGAUGUCCGCAGCUACCAGUUCCCGCCGUUGGACAAGGUGUUCACCGUCACGGGCAGCGUCAUCAAGGAACAUCGACUGCUACCGUCGAAGAAUCUGGAGCAAGCUAUGAGCGACUUCGUCGAUGCCAUGGACCUUUCCGGUUUUGACGAGAAUGAGGAUGGGAAACCGGUGGAAUAUGCUGCUAUCGACGAGAUGUACAACCCAACCAUCCAUCGCAUCAACCAGGCCAUCCGUGCACGCGCCGUGGAUCCGGAGGCGCCGAUCGGACCACCAGCCGAGAUUCUGCUUCGCUUCUCCAAGCCUCCGGAAAAGAUCAUAAACAAGGCAAAGUCGGAGAUUGAAGCGCUAAUCGAGGCAGCCGAAAUCAAGAAAGUGCCCGCAAAAACCCAAGGCCGCCGCGGCCGGAAGGAGCCGGCCAAGCCGCUCUCGGGCCUCGACAUCGACGCGCUGCUCGGCGAGACCAAGCGCACCACCACCAUAUCGGCGGACAAUGCGGUACCUGAGUUCAAGCAGAUGCUGGCGACAGCGAGCGAUGACGCCACGGUCGAAAGCGCGGCCAAGCAAAUGGGCGAGAUUGUGCGCAAGCUGAUCCGGGACAGCUUCGCGGACCUGUUCUAUGCCAGGGCGGCCGAGAACUUGCGGGCCAUGCGCGAGGAGUUGAUCGGGCUCGAGGUUCCAGGUCUGUAUAACACUUUCCUCAAGCGGUUGAAGAAGAGUUUGUUGAGUGGUGAGUUGAAUGGGGAUCGGAGGGAGAUGUGGUUCAAGUAUGUUGUGGGAGGACGUCUGGGGUUGAUCACGCAGGACGAGUCCGAGGUGUCGGAGGUUACGGCUGAUCAGGCCAGGGAGUUUGUCACUGGAUCGAGUUAA